ACAGUCGUGCGACAGCCGCCGUGCCGCGUGCCGCCUUCGCACCGCCCCGCGCCAUGCUACGCGAACAACUUUUUCGAAUUCGCGCCAAUUGUGAACACAAUAGCGGGUUCGUAUUUGGAACGCUGUGACGUGUUUUGUGUUAAAAACGUGGUUUAAAGUUGGACUGAACGAUUUUGCGUGACCGAGAAGGACAUAGAGCUGAGGUGGUUAACAAUGACAAUGGCGCUUCACUGAAAUAUUCAAUAAAAAUAAUAGUGAAUAUAUUUAGUCUUGUUGUACAAACUAUGUGGCAAAUUAGCUCAGUGUUAUGUAGUCAAAAUUAAAACGCGUAGAAGCUUUAGUGGGAACAUAGACUAUAGAUGCGAAGGCGGGACGCGUACGCGCUGUGUGAAACUUCAAUAAUGGGUAAAGUUUAGUAGUAAUAAUGAAGUGAACAUAUUAAAAUGCCGAGUGGACAAGAAUAGUGAUCGACGGUGGUAUGAGGACGCUAGAGGCGUGACAGCCUCGUUUAUAAGAGGCGGAUGCGACGCGGCAGCGUGUACAGCGUAAGCGAAGGCGUGGAGAGGUGCGCUUGCACAAGGUAGCGCGGGCGCGGGUGCGGGUGCGGGUGGCAUGGCCGGCUGAUGGAGCCGGGCUGGUGGUCGCCCUCGCCGUCGGCGUCACCGCCGCCGCCGCCCCGCGCCCCGCCGCCACGCUGCCGCUGCCGGCAUCUACUGUCCACCAGCUACAAUUGCUUGCCACACUAUGAUGGUUGGCCUGACGGCGAAGAAGAAUCAUCAGGCGCUGCACUUCGAGAGCGCGAGUUGCGGUCUCUACAUCGCACUGUUCCUGCGUUACGUCGUCGUGAACUCGACACACGAGCUAUCAAACAUCAUUUCUAUCCAGAAGGAGGCUGGGGUUGGAUCGUGUGUGGAGCGGCUUUCUUGGCACACUUGCUGUCUACUGGGCUGCAGCUAGCCUACGGUGCGCUACACGUCUACGCUUUACGCCACCUAGGACCAACUGCUGACCACGCUGUCUGGGCGGGUGCAAUCUGCGUGGGUGUGUCUCGAGCCGCAGGCGCACUAGUGGCUGGAAGAAAGAAGUCUCCAAGAUUGAUAGCACUCCUGGGGGGACUGCUACUGCCACUUGCUUGCCUAUUCACCUCCUUCGCAACACAACUGCAUCAAACGAUGCUUAGCUAUGGUGUGGUGUUAGGUAUAGGUUGCGGUCUAGUACGUGAGGCUGCUGGUCUGGUGCUCGGAGCUUACUUUCGACGAAGAAGGCAAUUCGUAGAACUGGUUGCACAUGCUGGUGGAGGCGUCGGCAUUGCGCUCUUUAGCGUCGCAUACAAAGAAGCUGUAGGUAAACUAGGUUGGCGAUUGGGACUACAAGCCGUGACGGGGGUGCUUGUUUUAGCGUUUUUUCUCAGCGCUGUUUAUCGGAGCGCCUCACUCUACCACCCGCAAAGACGAGCUAUUCUCCACCUCAAAAACCAACGUCGAAAGGUGAAAGAGAAAAAAGGCAUGAAACGGCCCCCCCUCAUCGAUCUAAGCCCCCUUCACUCGAGGCCGGCUAGAGUGUUGUUAUGUUCUGCUGGAUUAGCUGCGUUUGGACUUUACACUCCAGUAUUUUUCCUAGCUCUUCAAGGGUUCCAAGAAGGCUUGGAAGAGAGUGCUCUCGUCCUCCUGCAGACUUUCCUUGGAUUCGCGGCAGUGCUCGGCUGCGCUGGCUUUGGGCUCGUGCUGGUGCGGCCAUCUGCGCAGUGUCUCGUCUCCAAACAAUACCUCUGUCAAACUGCUAUGUUAGGAAUUGGUAUUUCCAUGUUGGCUUUAAGCAGUGUAGAAGGUUACCAUGGCUACGUCUUGUUCGCGUGGAUGUACGGCCUUUGUUUAGGAGGAUUCCUGUAUUCCAUAAAAAUGUUGACAAUGGAACGCGUCCGUGGGCGACAUUUCACAAAGGUUUGGGGUUUCGUACAAGGUGCUGAAGCAAUACCAGUAAUAGUAGGUGUACCAAUGACGGGUUACAUUAAUCAACAAGCGCCUAGAGCAGGCUUCUAUUUUUCGACUGCAGCCACUCUCGCCGGGGCAGUACUGUUGUUCUUUGUAGGAUUCUCUAAGAGGGAUCCUGAACCACCUCCAGCACCAGCACCGACUAUAGCGGAGGUGUGUCCAUGCGUGACGCCGCCCAGGUGCGAGCCAGCGUGGUGUGCUUGCAGCGCUGGAGGAGCGACGGCCUAUUGCGCCUGGCCUGGCCCUUCUUGUGGAACGAGAUUGCCUAAAUCCCUGUCCUAUGCAGCACCGCUAGACAGGGUAUGUUGCUCCGCAGCUCACUGCCCCGACUGCUGGCGGCAGACGGCUCCCUUACGACCGUCUAGAAGUGUCCCAGAAGGGCUCGCUACGAGAGGCAGCACUUGGAGCCGUGGAGGCUCCUGUCGGACUAACUGUCGACGACGUGAACAUCAUCUGAUAGAACAAAUAACAACAUCUGUAUGAUAUAUGUGUUCGUACAUCAUCGUGUAAAUAUUUUAUUUCUAGUAGUAACUAAAAUUUUGAAGUGAUAGAUUUUGAAGCAAUAAUUGGAUUGAAAAAUGAGUGUAACGGAUUUGUGCAAAAGAGAUUUAGUCAAUUUGUGAUAAUUAUGUUACAUUACAGGUAAAAUAUUGUAUGUACAUAAACCCUAACAACUCAACAUAUGAAAAUGUGCCAAAUAACAAUCCAACGACUUUCAAUGUCUACUUAUCACUUUUAUUAUUGAUGGUAGAAAGUUGUAAAUUAUUAAAUUAGUCAAUAUUUCUUAAAUUCUUCAAGUACUUGUGGGACCUUUACCAUUGUAGUUAUUUACUAACAUUUUAUCAAAUAGAAAUCAUAAAUCUUCAUUCUUUGUGUCCUAAAUAUUACCAAUAUAAAAAUUAUUGUACAGAAUUUAAUUACUAACAUAAAGUAUACAUAUAUCUUUGAAUUUAUUUAUUUAUCAAUCUGAAGGGUAUAUUAGAUAUGAAACGUGUAUAUCAACAGUUUCUCGUGAAGAGUUUUAAUAACAAAGUCAAUUUUAGAUAUUCAUUCUUUAAUUAUAUUACACCUUACCUGAUAUACGUUUUAGAUACUUUUCUUUUGUUAAUGUUAAAAGAACGAUUUAUUUGUUCGUUAGUUGUGAGUAUAUUUUAAUGUUACACAACUUGUUGUUUUUGUACCAAAGUGUGAAUACUGUUUUAGUAAUGAAUAAAAGAUAUUAUGUUAAUUUAGC